UGCACCAUCCAAGUCAUAGGGAAAAAUACAAUUGCCAAAAUACCAUAUAAAAUUGCAAAGUACCUCGAGCUACCAGAUGCAGAAGGUUACACUGGGCAUAGUUUUCGGCGCACCUCCGCAUCUUUGUUGGUUGAUGCUGGAGGAGAUUUAUUGAGUUUAAAGAGACACGGAGGAUGGCGCUCUACCAACGUAGCCGAGGGCUAUUUAGAAGAAUCAAUCGUAAAAAAAAGUAAAGUUUCUAACCAAAUUAUAUGCGGAAUGCCCUCCACAAAAGUUUCUGGAGAACAUCAAAUGAACUCUACAAACAUUGAAAGUACAGGUUUCAAUGUUAAUCAAUCUUCCUCGCCUUUUUCUGGUAACAUUACUUUCAACAAUGUUACUAAUUGCACCUUUAACUUUGGUUCUUCUACUAGCACUGAGAAUAACAAGUACAUAUAAAUAAAGUUAGUUGUAAUUGAAGGGUAUUUUGUUUACUUAUAAGCUUACGUAUAUAUGGAGUUGAGGGAGGAAAAAAGUCCCUUAGGGAGGAAAAGUGCAGCUUUCGACCCUCAAAACGGGGCGAGAAUAGUAUAUUAUAUAGCAAGGGACUAAAGUGCAAGAUUUAAUCCCGAGAGUGGAAAUUAUUGCCCGAGCGUUAGCGAGGGCAAUAACCACUUGAGGGAUUAGAUCGCACUUUAGUCCUGUGGUAUAUACGCAAUUUUUUGCCCUCCCGGAUAACUAAAAACUUCCAGCAAUUCAACUGAACCUAAAGAAAUUGACCUAUUAAAAAAAGCAUUAGUAAGCUUGGUUAGGUAACCAAGGUAAUAGGUGUAAAUAAAACGAACCAUUUUGCAUUUCGUGAUUUAAGUAAGCAAGAAACAUGACUGAGAAUAAAUGUAAGGAACCUCUUGGCAUAAAGAUGGCAGCUGCACGAGCAGUCGAGAGCCUUUUACCCACGAAGUCGAAAAAUUUAUAUAACAAGCGGUAUGAAGAAUUUAAAAAAUGGUGUGCAAGUAAAACUGUACAAGAAUACACUGAAAAUGUCAUGCUCGCUUAUUUUGAAGAGAAACAGCAAGGGUUUUCACCUUCUUCGCUGUGGUCCUUGUACUCAAUGCUCAAGGCCACAAUAUUGGUCAAGAAAAAUAUCGACAUUAGUAGGUUUCCAAAACUAAUUGCGUUUAUCAAACGUCAAAAUGACGGAUAUAAACCGAAGAAGUCCAAAGUGCUCACGAGAGAAGAAAUGGACAGGUUUUUAAUAGAUGCUCCAAAUGAUAAAUAUCUAUUGUCCAAGGUUGUAUUGACUUUGGGAGUCGCUGGGGCAUGUAGGGGAAAUGAGCUGUGUACAUCAAAGAUUACUGAUGUUCGCGACGUCGGUGAUAUGCUUGUUGUUAAUAUAAGAGACACGAAGACAAAUGUGGAUAGAACUUUUACCAUUGUCAACAACGACAGAAGUAAUCUUAACUUUGUGGAAUUGUGCAGAAAAUAUAUGUCACUUAGGAAGCCGAACACGAAUCAUGACCGAUUCUUUGUUUAUUAUAAAGAUAAUAAGUGCACUGUCCAACCGAUUGGAAAAAAUUUUUUUGGAAAGUUACCGCGACAAAUCGCUACUUUCUUGAAUCUUUCGGAUGCUUAUUUCUACACAGGCCACUGUUUUAGACGAUCCUCCGCCUCGUUGCUAGCUGAUGCUGGUGCUGGUGCUGAUGUUAGUGCUCUUAAACGUCAUGGCGGAUGGAGGUCUGCAACAGUGGCUGAAGGGUAUGUUGAAAAUUCCCUGAAUAACAAAAUUCAAACGGCAGAAAAAAUUCUAAUUGGCCAUGAGCAGGGUACGAGUACGGUUAAUGCAAAUAGUAGCACCAGUGCAAACGUUGCUAUUAAAGAAAUAAGAGGUGAACAUGUUGCUCCAAUCAUUAAUCUACAUAAUUGUGAAAAUUGUAUUAUAAACGUUAAUAUAGCUAAAUAAAUAUUGACAAGACUUGUCAAAUUCGCU